GUGAAUGGAUUGGGCAUGACAAAACAAACUGCCUUCAUUAAUAAGAGGGGAGGCUAUAAUUGGUUUUUAAAUUAAAUGGGAAAAAACAUACCUUUUUUAUAUUUCUAAAUACGAGGUUUACGGACGUAAAAAUGACAUCUCUCUUGUGCCAUGUACAUAUGGGCACUGUGCAUCACGACUGAAUAAGAUGCACUUCCGUUGUCAAAAUCCAUGCCAUAACCAACCGCGUUACUGCUGAAACCAGCUUUUGGUUGGUCUUAAAUAUCCCCACCAGCACAUACUGAAAUGACCACUGCCACACGUUUUUAAGGACAUACCUCAGAUAUUGCCACCCUUCCAACCUCAGCGCAAGCAAGCUCAUUUAAGACAGGUAAAUGACCAAUUAUGGUGCUAUGUUUUAAAAAUAGAAGAGUGCUGGCUUUAACAGGUUGAAAUGGCAAACUGAGCGUGCGUUUGACAAUUGCGCUGGCUUAAUGCCAGCCUAAAAUACAGCCCUAUAUGUUUUUGGUGCUGAUUUAGUGUGAUCUUGGCGGUUAUUUUAAGGAGGGUCAAAUCGCAGAAUGGGCUGUUUAUGCCGUACCUAAAUCACAUGGGAAUAUCGACUUCUUAUCUCCCAAAGCCCAGAGCAAGGUUGCUUGUUUCUUUUUUUUUUCCUGCACUCAGAGAUCUGGAGGUAAAUACAAAAUCUAGUAGGCAUUCUCAUAUCUCCCAAAUGUUUUCAGAACACUAAAUAUCUAGAGGACAUGCAGAAGGAAGCUACAUUAAAAAUUGUGAAGACGAUCAAGAGAACUCUCCUUUCUGUCAACAGGUGUCAUUGAGGGGAUUGGCUGAAGCUGUGCACUAAUGACCCAAUCGAAGCCAUUCGCUAAGUGAUAGACACGUCCAUCCCUGGCAUUUUACUGGAUCUCUCUAUCAAACGGUCCAAAGCCAAUUUAAACCUGAUGUGCCCCUGACCUAUCAGUCCUGGGUCAUGUUCAGUAGGAAAUAUUGUAGGAAAACAUGAUGCAACAGGGAGAAAAAAUAAGUUCUGUUGCAGUGAAUGUCAAUGUGACAUUUACUGUUACAUUGAAAGUGAAUGCUGAAAAUCCACUGUCUUUAUAUCUUAAGCAUUUCUUUUUUCACAGUAAUGUUUAUUUAUGUCAUAAUGCUGUCCGUAAGCACCACAUUGUCUCUGUGAAAGAAAGAAAGUUAGUCCCUUUAAGAUGUGCAAGGGGUCAUUGGCUUUUCAUUGCGGCUACACUUUUUUUCUGUUUCUCAGUAAAGACCAAAGCUGGGGGAGAAAGAUACUGUGUCCUUGCUUCCCUCUCUCUCUCUCUCUCUCUCUCUCUCUCUCUCUCUCUCUUGCUAGCAGACAGACCCAUUCGAGCCUCUCUUGUUAAUUAUUUAUCCAGGCAAAGAAAUGCCAAAGCUUAGGGAAACACACACACACACACAGCCAGGAGAGAAAAGAUCACCCCCAUUCUCUACACACACACACACACACACACACACACACACACACACACACACACACACACACACACACACACACACACACACACAAACAUAAUACCUAGAGUAAGCACGCUGUUAGACUCUUUCUUUCUCACACACACACACAUAAAUUGGAAUGGAUGAAUACCAAAGCUUUAUCAGCGCUUCAGACAGACCCACUACAUCAUCCCUGAACACAGCGCUCAGGCGUCACCAUGGACACAGAGGGCAUGCCCAAGUCUAAACCUGACUUAUGAGGUUCAAAUCCUCCCGAUAGUUUAGAAAAGCCUUCAACAAAGGCUACCUCUAUGUCACAGGACAGCUUCACUACCCAGCUAGCCAGAUGGGUUGCCAAUGCUGUAAGAUGAUUAAAAGGAAUAGGGACCCGGCGGAGAGCUCUCUCUAUCAGCCCCACCACCUCCCAGCAGACAACGGGGACCAGUCCAACAACAAGCAGAAGCAGGUCUUCCACAACCUGGGCUUCAGCUACAGCAACAAGCACGACGAUGGAGAAGAUGGAGGAGGACUAGGCCUCAAGCUGGAGAUUGACAACAACCAGAUCAACAGGCUUCACGCCGUGCCCGCCAACCCAGAGAGGGGGCAGGGAGUCAAGCCUUGGGCAGGGGAGGGUGGUGGUAGUGGUGGUGGGGGUCUGUAUAUCCUCCAUCCAGAGGGCCAGGUUCCAAGACGAGAUCCAUCUAAGGGCCCCAGCCAAGUCCCAAUCUACCCUAACACACUCUCCCUGGAUCAUAGUCACCAUCUGACACAUUUGGGUGACAAUGACUCCCACAAGAUUAGGAUGUUCCGAAAUAGCUCGGACCCCUCCUGGCCCGGUGUGAGGUGCUACACCUCGUUGACGGAUGAGCUGGAUGAGGGGGUGGGUGGCACACCUGAGUACGUGUGCGACACAGGGGAUGAGGAGAGCGUCCUGUCUGCGGAUAUUCCAACUAGUACAACUAGCCUGUCCUCGGCAGACACGAAGGAUGAUAGGAGGGCGCCGGACGCCACUACCGUAGAGAGCGGGAGCGGGAUCUCGGUGAUGAAGAGCGAAGAUGAGGGACGGGAAGAAGAUGACGUGCAUCACGUCAUAGACUCUUUGGUGGCGGAAGCUCUAGCAGCUCUAGAUGCAGCAACCGCCGGGGAGGACUGUGAGGACUAACUCUUUAAAAACUAAAUUUUCUACAAGGCCUCUUACUAUUCCAAAAAGCACAAUCUAACUUCGAUAUCUAUUCAGCUUCAAUAUCUGCUGGGGUGAACAGAAGGAGAUUUCUUUUUACUAAAAUAUGGAUAUUUUUUUUAACAUAGUGUAGAUCAUGCAUAUUUGUCUAGUGAGUCACAUAGGCAUGCAGUACCAGUCAAAAGUUUCUUUAUUUUUACUAUUUUCUACAUUAUAGAAUAAUUGUGUAGACAUCAAAACUAUGAAAUAAAACAUAUGGAAUCAUGUAGUAACCAAAAAAGUGUUAAACAAAUCAAAAUUAUAUUUUAGAUUCCUCAAAGUUGCCACCCUUUGUCUUGAUGACAACUUUGCACACUGUUGGCAUUCUCUCAACCAGCCGUCAUUGUAAAUAAGAAUUUGUCUAUUAUUCUACAAUGUAGAAAAUAGUAAAAAUAAAGAUAAACAAUAAAACCUGGAAUGAGUAGGUGUGUCCAAACUUUUGACUGGUACUGUAUGUGUGACUAUUUUGCCAAGGACUGGGUUGCAUAACAGUAGUCUGUCUCAAUGUUUGUUGUACUCUCAGGAGCAAGAGAGAAUAAUACUCUUGGCAAUCGACUGUGAAUAUUCCCAGUGUCUUAAUCCUAAAUCCUAAACUACAGUUCGUUUUACACUCUUUGGUCUACACUGAGUAUACAAAACAUUAGGAACACCUUCCUAAUAUUGAGUUGUAACCCCCCCAUUAGAACAGCCUCAAUUAAUCUGGGCAUGAACUCUACAAGGUGUCAAAAGCCUUCCACAGGAAUGCUGGCCCUUGUUGACUCCAAUGCUUCCCACGGGUGUUUCAAAUUGGCUGUAUGUUCUUUGGGUUGUGGACCAUUUUUGAAACACACGGGAAACUGCUAAGGGUGAAAAACCCAGCAGCGUUGUAGUUCUUGACACAAACCGGUGACCGCACCACCUACUACUAUACACCGUUCAAAGGCAUUUAAAUCUUUUGUCUUGCCCAUUCACCCUCUGAAUGGCACACACACACAAUCCAUGUGUCUCAAGGCUUAAAAUGCAUUUGUUCACCUGUCUCAUCCCCGUCAUUUACCCUGAUUUUAAGUGGAUUUAACAAGUGACAUCAAUAAGGGAUCAUACAGUAGCUUUCGCCUGGAUACACCUGGGCUUGGAUUAAAUGUGGAAGACACAUUUCAGUUGAAUGCAUUCAGUUGUAUAACUGACUAGGUAUCGCCCUUUCAGUGUGUCAUACAAAGCGCAGAUGUUCUUAAUGUUUUAUACACUCGGUGUAUGGUUCUACAUUUCAAUGUUCCACCAAACUAGUUCUACAGUGCUUAUAGAAUUUAUAUUUCUAAAUUCUGUUCUUUACAUGCUCUAUUCAGUGGACGUACGUUAAGUGCACUCUUAGAAAAAAAAGUUUAUUUGGCUAAACCCUCUGUGGAUAGGGUUCUCCAUGGAACCAAAAAUGCUUUUCAAAGGGUUCUCGUAUGGGGACAGCCAAAGAGCCCUUUUAGGUUCUAGAUAUUUUAUUGCCAUGGCUUUGUUUGUCUUCAGAGAGCUUGCUGUGCGUCAUUGUAUGAACACACAUUGAUAGGUCAUCUCCAGCUAUCUAUUUUUUGUAUUGUGUCCAUGUUGUUGUUAUUUUUUUACAAGUUUUUCCUAUGUUAUUUAUAUCCUGACUGGUUGGCCCAGACCUUUCAGAGACAUUGCCUAAAGUUUGGAGAAAAUAAUUAGACACGUGAAGAAAAGUACCAUAGUGAGAGGUAACCACAUGGGUUGUUGUUGUUCCUGUCUGUUGUCUGACCAGUGACGUUAGAUCAGCUUACAGCCUCCCAUUGUGAAGCAUACUGAGUUGACCGAGGGCGGACAUGAUGACCUAAGACCCGGUGAAAAGAAGGAAUUAUAUCACUGAUAUACUUCGCAUCUGUGCAUAUUGUUUGUAAACAUUAUACAUUUGUGAAGGGUCUUUGUUUCAGUGAAGGAACAUUCUUUUUUUUAUCAGGACUAUCCUUUUAAAGUCAUUGUUUGUUUGCCAAAAUCAUUUAUAUACCAAUGUAUAUAUACAUAAUAUAUUUAGAUGUUUAAUUUUCUAUGACAUGUACUGCAAAGUAGCCUUAAAUAGUUUUUCAUCAAAACACAGACAUUUUCAGGGGAACAAUAUUUUUAUGGAAAAUAUAUAUUUAUAUUGUCGCUCAAAAAUCCCUAUAUUCAUCACGUACACACCCCUCUCCUUCUCAAACUCUUUCUUUUUUCCAUUCUGUCUUUCUUGCUUGCUUUCUUUCUUUCUUUCUUCAUCUCUUUCCAUCCCAGUUUCCAAUAAAGACAAAACCCAGCUUGUAACACCUGUGUAGCCAGUGUGUGUGAGUAUGUGCAAAUGCGUGCGUGUGUGCCUGUGUUCUUCCAUUCCUUCCCUCAUUCAUUUGUUCUCUGAGGUCUGAGUGUGGGGUGUGUGUUUAGGUGAUGGUAGCUGAAAUGUUCCUCUGACAACCCUCUGGUGUGCCUUGCAGGCAGAGCCUUGGGGCCAGGCUUAACGAAGGCCACAGAGCAUUAAACAGGCCAAAAGAAGACGCCAGGGACUCACAAACACCCGCUUAAGUACAACACCCGACUAAGGCGGUAAACACGCUAACUUUGGCUGACCACAUGAUAGCUGUUAGUGUGUCUCUCCCAAUGUCCCCUUACAGUAGAAGAGGAGAGCUUUUUAGCAGAUCUUGUCAUGUUUCUUUUUUUAGUUGCUUUAUCUCGCCAAUCCCUUUUUGAUUUUCUUCCUCGAGUUGUGUCUCUGUUUGUCUUGGUAUAAUCACACACCAUUCCUCUCACCAUUAGACGUUGUUUUGGGGGGGUGGGGGGGGGGGGGGGGUAAGUUUAAAUGGAGCAUCCACCCUCCAACCUAUCGUUGUUUCUGUGGCAUUACAGGGUCAUGUGCUUUUUGCCAAGUCUUUAAAGGUGUAAAGUGAUUGCUUCUGCCAGUGGCCUUCCUCUUAGGGCUUGAUUCAAUGCGUGUCGCGGAAGAUUCUGCGCUAUAGCGCGGUUGUAAUUUAAAGGCAACUGCAUUCCUGGUAAACGUUGCAUAUGUCGGCUCAAUUGGAAAUUACAAUUUUAUUUCAAUCGCACUACAAUGCAGAUCUUCAGUGCUACGGAUUGAAUCGAGCCCCUUAAUAUCGCCUUCGUAUCAACUCCUUCACAAUAUCAACUCCUUUUUCAAGGUGCUCGAAGUGACUGCUCAGACAGACAGGUUAUCAUCUCAUUUGGUGACUGAAGUGUAAAGUUGCUUGUUUUAUUAGAAGGAAAACUGAAAUGUGACUUAACUACUACAUCCUCCCCGAGAGAGAUCACAUGGUGCGGAGGCUGUUAUUACACAUCUCACACAACAGAACCAAAGAGUUCAUCUUACUACUGAAUGACAGACAGUAUGGGCUUCAUAAUUGACUGCAAUGUUGCACACAGUGGGAUAAACUAGCUACUACCCCUUCAACCAUCUUGGGAUCUUACUUUAGGUGUGUGUAUGUUUGUGUGUGUAUGAACAUUAGACAGAGGGGUACAGUUUCAACUCUGAUACCUGGGGUUGAAGGUCAGAUAGAAAUCUAUAUGUUGAAGAGUGAAUGGAGCUGUGUCUGUCCAACCUGUACAGCAGAUUGUCUACUUCCCAUUAUAAACAGAACAGUAUCCUUGAGAUGAAGCACACAUUGUGAAGAAAGACCGAUUUCUGUGGACAAAUAAAGGGUUCUUCUUUCAAAUGUGUAUACAUUGUACGGUCUCUGUAAAAUUCACAUAAAUAAAAUGGCCAUAAAAAUAA